UCCUUCGGCAUAUAAAGGCAAACGGAUCACGGUAUCAAACCCUCUCCAAAUCUAGAGGAAGCCUGUGUUUGAGAAGGAGUGUCUCAAGUACAAGUGCAAUCACCAAUGAUCAUGGCACCAGCUGGAGCUAAGAGAAACAUUCUGGAGCGCCUGGAUGCAGGCGAGAUUGUUAUUGGGGAUGGAGGUUUCGUCUUCGCCCUGGAGAAGAGGGGCUAUGUGAAGGCGGGUCCCUGGACUCCUGAGGCUGCCGCCGAGCACCCCGAGGCUGUGAGACAGCUGCACCGAGAAUUCCUGCGGGCGGGGUCAAAUGUCAUGCAGACUUUCACCUUCUACGCCAGCGACGAUAAACUGGAGAACAGGGGUAACGCUCAGCGCUUCACCGGCACACAAAUCAACGAGGCCGCCUGUGACCUGGCCAGGGAGGUGGCCAAUGAGGGCGACGCGAUGGUGGCGGGCGGGGUCUCCCAGACCCCCUCUUACUUGAGCUGCAAGUGUGAGGACGAGGUCAAAGGCAUCUUCAAGAGGCAGCUUGAUGUCUUCGUCAAGAAGAACGUGGAUUUCAUGAUUGCAGAGUACUUUGAGCAUGUGGAGGAGGCAGAGUGGGCCGUGCAGGUGCUGAAGUCCUCCGGCAAGCCAGUGUGUGCCUCUCUGUGUAUCGGCCCUGACGGAGACCUCAACGGAGUCAGCCCUGGAGACUGUGCCGUCCGGCUAGUCAAAGCUGGAGCCAAUAUUGUGGGUAUCAACUGUCACUUUGACCCCAUGACCUGUGUGAAGACGGUGAAAAUGAUGAAGGAUGGUGUCGAGAAGGCGGGGCUGAAGGCCCACUACAUGGUCCAGCCUCUGGCCUUCCACACCCCUGACUGCAACUGCCAGGGAUUCAUCGACCUGCCAGAGUUCCCCUUCGGUCUGGAACCCAGGAUUCUGACCAGGUGGGACAUGCACAAGUACGCCAGGGAGGCCUUCAACGUUGGCAUCCGUUUCAUCGGCGGCUGCUGCGGCUUCGAGCCCUACCACAUCAGGGCUGUGGCUGAGGAGCUGGCCACAGAAAGAGGCUGCCUGCCCGCUGCCUCAGAGAAGCACGGUAACUGGGGUGCUGGUCUGGAGAUGCACACCAAGCCAUGGGUCCGUGCCAGGGCUCGCCGUGACUACUGGGAGAAGUUGAAGCCAGCAUCCGGCCGUCCCAGGUGUCCCUCCAUGUCCACCCCUGAUAGCUGGGGUGUCACCAAGGGCCAUGCCGACCUGAUGCAGCACAAAGAGGCCACCAGCCAGGAAGAGCUCAAGCCCCUGUUUGAGAAGGCCAAGGCCAGCCACUGAGCACUCCUUCUGGGGUAGGAGAGGGAGGUGGAGCCCCCCGGAGGAAAACCGAAGGAGUGGCGUGCACUCCGAAGGAGUGGUGUGUUGUGGUUUGAUAAAGGCAGAGGGGAGAACUCUCACACAUUCCCUUUUUAAAGAAGUUUACAUAUCAAAAAUAAUUAGAUGGAAGUCUUAUUGUUCUGUUUUGAUUUCUAGGACCAUCUUCUUGUGAACCAAAAGUUAUUCUUAUGAUUUAAUUCAGAUUUGCAGCAUCUCUAGAUGGUAUAGCUAGAUUCUCUUCUGUCAUCAUUCUAAAGUGAUUAUGGUAUAUAUGCAUCUAAUUUCUAAAUAACUGGAUUUCAAACUUGAUAUGUGCCUUACUCAAAUAUAAUGUGACAGCAAUCGUCGAGCCGUUGAUCCGUACUGUGAGUUAAACAAACAAACCAAAACGUUGCCCCCGGUGGUGCGUCCCACAUACCUCCAGAGUGUGCUGCUGAUCUUGUGACUAUUGAAACGCAUAAGAUCAGAAAUAACAGUGAAAGCGUGUUACCGAAACUACUGUGACCACAAUGUUAAAUAGCUGGUAAAGAAUGUAGCAUAGCCUAGUUACAUCUAGUGCCAAAAAAAAAGAUCUAUACCAAAUGAAAGUUGACUUCACAACUGUAGUUUGACUCAAUAAACUUCCACUUGACCUUGUA